AUGUUUGGCUCAGCAUCCUCUGAUUGGUCUCAUCUCGUUGGUAGAGAGGGCAACGAAGCCGUCGAGAUAAUUAAGAAAGCAGGUUUUACCAAUGUUCAUAUUAUGGAGCCGGGUAUGAUGGGAACUAUGGAUUAUCGAACGGAUCGAGUUCGAGUCUAUGUGAAUGAACAAGGUAAAGUUGCAUUCACACCGACCGUUGGUCUCUGCUGGAUAUCGAUCAUUGGAGUUAUCCAGACUUUUAUUAUGAUUUCUGUGUUCGGAUUUAUCGUAGUCGAAACAAAUCGCAGUUGUAUUUAUCAAGUAAUUUGA